AUGCAGUGGAAGGGAUUCUCUGGCACUGUAGCGGAAGCUCGAGCAGAGAGCGAGUCCUCCGAAGCUGCUUCGCUUAAUGGACACAAGGCUUUGACACCAAUAAUUACAGGCAGCAUAUGCGGAGGUGUACUGGCCAUCGCAUGGAUUGUUGGCCUCGUCUUCUGUUUGCUUAAACGUCGGAAAUCAAAGGGCCGGGACCCUCCCAAUGAGACCGAUGAGACGGAACGAUACAUUAUACCCCCAGAUCCAGCCAUAUUGCAGGGAUACAGGAAACCCGACGAGCAAGGCGCACACGUAUCCGUCUAA